AUGCAUGUUUCUGACCUGGACCCAGGAUCCCCAGAAAAGGACAGAAAGAUAGGGCAGUUGGGUUACACAGCUGCCUGGGGGAGGAGACCCCACAGCAGCAGCUGGAAAGAUCAUGGGAAACUCGGCCGUCAUGGGCAGGGACGGGUCGUGGUGACAUCCACUCAGCGAGUGCUGGGGUCAGCCACGAGCAGGGACUGGCCUUCUAAACCCUCCCUUCCCUGCAGCGGCGUGAACCGGCGGACGCUCAGCGGUGCCUCCCCUCUCUACCUGGCCUGCCAGGAGGGCCACCUGCACCUGGCGCAGUUCCUGGUGAAGGACUGUGGCGCCGAUGUGCACCUUCGAGCUCUCGACGGCAUGAGCGCCCUGCACGCUGCUGCUGCCCGUGGCCACUACUCUCUCGUCGUCUGGCUGGUCACAUUCACCGACAUCGGACUCACAGCACGGGACAACGAGGGGGCCACGGCCCUGCAUUUUGCAGCCCGAGGUGGCCACACACCCAUUCUAGACCGACUCCUGCUGAUGGGCACCCCUGUCCUGAGAGACUCCUGGGGUGGGACCCCCCUCCACGAUGCAGCAGAGAACGGGCAGAUGGAGUGCUGCCAGACCCUGGUUUCCCACCACGUGGAUCCCUCCCUGCGGGAUGAAGAUGGUUACACAGCGGCGGACCUGGCGGAGUACCACGGACACCGGGACUGUGCCCUGUACCUGCGGGAGAUGGCCCAGCCGGUGCCCCUGCUGAUGACACCGCCACCGCCACCAUUCCCCCCACCUCCACUGUUGGCCACACACUCCCUAGAGGAUGGAAGAAGAGGAGGCCUGGGGCCUGGGAACCCCACCAAUGAGUGCACAGCCCCAGCUUCGUCCCUCCACCUUGCCUGGCCUGGCCAUACUGACCAGCCUCUUCCCAGAGAGCAGAUGAGCAGCCCAGCCCCUCCGAGGAUCACCACCAAAGCCACGACCCACCCCAUGGGGACAGAGACGGCGCUGGCAGGGGAUGCCCCAGAUGGCCUGGCCUCACUGAAGCUGGACAGGCUGCCCUCAGGCGACAUCGACGGGCUGGUGCCCACUCGGGAUGAGCGCGGCCGGCCCAUCCCCGAGUGGAAGCGGCAGGUAAUGGUGCGGAAGCUGCAGGCGCGCCUGGGCACGGAGAGCGCUGCGGAGGCCCAGGUUGACAGUGGCAGCUCUGGCCCUGUGCAGCAAGCGUCCUGGAGGUACUCGCAAACCCACCAGGCCAUCCUGGGCCCCUUUGGGGAGCUACUGACCGAGGACGACCUGGUCUACCUGGAGAAGCAGAUUGCGGACCUGCAGCUCCGGCGCCGCUGUCAGGAGUAUGAGAGUGAGCUGGGCCGGCUGGCAGCUGAGCUGCAGGCCCUGCUGCCCGAGCCCCUGGUCAGCAUCACGGUCAACAGCCACUUCCUGCCCCGGGCACCCGGAGUGGAGGCCGAGGAGGCCCCCACCCUGUCGGCUGAGUCUGCGUGCUCUGCGGAGGCCUCAGAGGUGGCCCCCGGGGGGCAGCCCCUGCCCUUCUGGUGCAGCCACAUCUCCCGCCUGGUGCGCAGCCUGUCCCUGCUGUUGAAGGGCGUGCACGGGCUAGUGCAGGGGGAUGAGAAGCCAGCCACCCAGCCCCUGCGGGACACCUGCAGGGAGGCCUCGGCCAGCCCACCUUGGAGCGAGGCCCAGCGCCAGAUCCAGGAGUCGGGGGUGUCUGUGCGGACGCUGCGGGGCAACUUCGAGUCGGCCUCUGGCCCACUCUGUGGCUUCAACCCUGGCCCCUGCGAGCCAGGAGCCCAGCCCAGGCAGUGCCUGAGUGGCUGCUGGAAAGCCCUGCCUAAGCCCCGCAGUGUCCCAGCUUUGGGGCAGCCCAGGCCUGGCGACACAGAGGAGGCCAGCGACUCCGGCAUCAGCUGCGAGGAGGUGCCAUCAGAGGUGGGUGUCGCGGCCAGCCAGGACCCGGCCAGCUUGCGCAAGGAGCGCAUCGUUAUGCUCUUCCUCAGCCACUGGAGGAGGUCGGCCUACACGCCGGCCCUCAAGACUGCGGCCUACAGGACUCUAGAAGCCCGCCACACAGGGUCUCAGGGCCGGGAGGCCACCAGGAGCCCUGGGCCACCCUCUCCACCCAGCCAGGGCCCCCGGCUGGGCCACCUGUGGCAGCAGCGCAGCACCAUCACCCACCUGCUGGGCAACUGGAAGGCCAUCAUGGCUCAUGUGCCCGCCCGGCAGCUGCGACGGCUGAGCCGGCGGCCCCGUGGGGCCCUGUCCCCCGAGCAGUUCCUGCCCCACGUGGACGGGGCUCCCGUGCCCUACAGCAGCCUCUCACUGGACCUCUUCAUGCUGGGCUACUUCCAGCUCCUGGAGUGCAAUCUGCCAGCUGAGGAGCGCAAGGCGCGCCACCUGCUCUGCUUCGAAGUCUUCGAGCACCUGGGCACCCACGGCUGGGAGGCUGUGCGCACCUUCCACAAGGCCGUGACCGAUGAGGUGGCUGCUGGCCGUCGGGCCUGGACUGACGGCUUCGAGGACAUCAAAGCCCGCUUCUUCGGCUCCAGCCAGGGUCCCGCCUGGGACUCAGAGCCUGGCCGAAAGUCAGGACUGACACCGCUUGGGCCCCUGCCGCACGCUGCUGUCCCCUGCAGCGGCCCCAAGCCCGCAUUACAGCGGCUGGGGACCCGCUCCCAGCGGGGCAGCUUCAACUGCGAGGACAUCUGCGGCUACAUCGACCGGAGCUUUGCCUUCUGGAAGGAGAAGGAAGCUGAGAUGUUCAACUUUGGAGAGUGACCCAGCGGGCAGCCUGCUUUUCAAAACGCAGUUUGGGGGUGACUUGGGAUUUCUCUUUUCUUUUCCUUGCUUACUCCCUUGGUGGCCGGGUGAGCCAGGCAAAGCUGCGGAUGCUCAGUGUAUGCACGGCAGCCUCCAGUCCUGCCGGUUAUCACAGGCUGUGGGACUCUUCUGUCGUCUGCUUCUCCGAGCUGGGACUCAGACUCCUUCUCACCACUGCCUCCAGGAAGCCCCUUGGUAGGCCCUGAAGUUAGGCCACCCCAGCCCAGGGCACCUCUGCCGGGCUGGCCUCCGGGACCCAGGAUGCUGUUUCCCACUUGUCCUUCCCCAGUGCCACCAAUUACCUGGCCGUCCUGUCCCUCAGUUUCCCUGGUGCUGGUGGCCUCAGCCACAUCCACCUUCCACACAAGCCUGAGGUGGGCCCAGGCCCUGGACCUGCCCGUUUUUCCUGCUGACCUUGGGCCAUACCCCUUCACCUCCCAGGACAGAUUCCAUGGGCAGGAGGCCUUCCUACCAGACUGUCCCUGCUGGUCACGCACCUACACCCACCAGGCCAGGUGCUCCCACCCCCAAGGUGCUCCAGAGGCCCAGCUCCCUCAAAGGAAGCCUCCCCACGGGGCCCCUGUCCUCCAGCUGACUGCCCUGACCUGGUCGUGGGCCCCUGCAAGGCCGGAGAGCAGGGGCGUGGAAGUAGCAGCGGUCAGGAGGCCUCCAGGCAAGGUGGCCGGCACCCACUCUCAGAGGCUGCUGCAACAGAGGAGAAUGCCACCGGGGUGGCCACCAGCCAGACCUCGGUGGAGUGUGGCUACUUCGUGAGGGCACUUGGGUGUCACCCACAGCACACCUCUCCUCCACGGUGGCCUGGGUGCUGAAGGGAGGGACACAGGGAAAUGGAUUCUGCCCUCGGGGGCUCUGGGUGCUGCAGAGUAUCCCUUAAUGGGUGCUGGGCAUGGUUGGUACAGGGUGUGGCUUGUCCGCAGCUCCUGAUGGCAGCCAGGAGGAUGGAUCACCAGCAAGGCUCUGGGGCUGACGAGGGCUGGGCCCAAGCCCACAGGGACUUUGGGGGCAGGCCUCUGCCACUGUGAGAUGGCCCAGCAGGCAGGGGCAGGGAGGUAAGGCUUCAGGUUCCCUGGGACAGAGGAGGGUGCAGUCAGGGACAAGCUUGUCAGGGGUCCCCACCUCACUCCCAGGGGAUUAUCUGGGCAGAGCAUGGAGGGCAGCGGGCAAGCUGGUAGAUGGAAUAGAGAGACUCUUACAGCUGACUGGGGCCCAGGGAGAGGGAAGCUCAUGAAGAUGGAAAAUUGAGAGGGAUGGUAUUGGCCAUCGGGCGAGUGGGGACAGGAAGGGAACUAGCAAUGGCCCAGCCCCAGCCCGUGGCUUUUCUCCCAGGGCCUGCUCUGUAGCCAGCCCCCUCCGGCUUCCUCCACUGCUGAGGACCCUGUGGCAGAGCUGAAGCUGAACAUACGUUUGCUAAAUAAAGAUUCCUGUUCCUAGC